AUGACUCAAGUCUUGGUUAAUAAAUAACUUUCUUUUAAGCUGGUUUAUUGCUGGUCUUACAGGCUUUCUAUUUGGUGCUCUUUCAUCUCUCUAAAUUUUCAAGGAAAAACUCUGAGUCUCAAAAUGCCUCUGAGCAAGAAUCGGCUGAUUUUACUACUUGGAAUGCUCUGUGUGGAACAAUGUAAAUCUGCAACUCUCUCUCUCCCCAAAGCUCCCACUUGUGGGCAGAGUUUGGUGAAGGCACAGCCUUGGAAUUACCUUAACAUUUUCAGUCGCAUUGUUGGGGGAAGCCAAGUGGAAAAGGGUUCCUACCCCUGGCAGGUGUCUCUGAAACAAAGGCAGAAGCACAUCUGUGGUGGAACCAUCAUCUCUGCACAGUGGGUGAUUACGGCUGCUCACUGCAUUGCAAACAGAAAUAUCGCAUCAACUUUGAAUGUUACUGCUGGAGAGUAUGACUUGAGUCAUAUAGAGCCAGGGGAGCAAACCCUCACCAUUGAAACCAUCAUCAUACACCCCUACUUCUCCAUCAAGAAGCCAAUGGACUAUGAUAUUGCUCUUUUGAAGAUGGAUGGCGCCUUCCAUUUUGGCCAGUUUGUGGGCCCAGUGUGUCUUCCAGAGCCAAAGGAAGAAUUUGAGGCUGGAUUUAUUUGCACAACUGCAGGCUGGGGCCGCUCAGCUGAAGAUGGCGUUGUCUCGCAGGUAUUACAGGAUGUGAACCUGCCCAUUUUGACCCAGGAAGAGUGUGUGGCAGCUUUGUUAACCCUAAAGAAACCCAUCAGUGGGCAGACCUUUCUCUGCACAGGUUUCCCAGAUGGAGGGAGAGAUGCAUGUCAGGGAGAUUCAGGAGGUUCCCUCAUGUGCCGGAAUAAGAAGGGGGCUUGGACUCUGGCUGGUGUGACUUCUUGGGGUUUGGGCUGUGGCCGAGGCUGGAGAAACAACAUGCAGGAAGAUAACCAAGGAUCCCCUGGGAUCUUCACCGAUCUUAGAAAAGUGCUUCCCUGGAUCCACAAACACAUCCAAAUUGGGAAGCGGAGGAAGAGCUCCAGAGCCUCAUGCAGUGAGCAGGAUCGUGUGCUCCGUGAGUCUCAGGGGGAGCUGCACUUCCCAGAAAGCCCCUACCUGUACUAUGAGAGCAAGCAGCUGUGUGUCUGGAUCCUGCUGGCACCGGAGAAGAUGCAUGUGCUGCUCAAUGUUUCCCACUUGGAUGCAGAGUCUUGUCACCACACUUACCUCUCGAUAUAGUCCUUAGAAGACAGACUUCUUGGGAAGUUCUGUGGAGAAAGCCUCCCUUCAUCAGUUCUUAUUGGCUCCAACUCUGUACAGCUGAAUUUCGUCUCUGAUGCCACAGAUCAUGCAGCUGGGUUUAAUCUCACCUAUAAAGCUCUAAAACCAAACUAC